GAACAGACCAACGAAAUAAAAUUGCACAUGGCGGCCGCCACAAAACGUUCCUUCGGGGAUCUCGUGGAAAUUUUGUGAAAUGUAAAGAUUCCAUCGCGAGAUUCUGCCUGAAGCAAGUGACAAAGAUCUGAAAGUCUAGCACGACACGGAACUCUGGGACGGGGGUUGGAACCUCAAACAAAAAAAAUUGAGCCGCCAUGACGACGAGUAGUGAGGAUGUUCUGCUUCAAAUGAGCGAAGUGCGCUACAAGAAGGGCGACGGGACGCUGUAUGUGAUGAAUGAGCGUGUGGCAUGGAUGGCUGAGCAUCGGGACACAGUGGCGGUGUCCCAUCGUUUUCAGGACAUCAAAUUGCAGAAAAUCUCACCGGAGGGAAAGCCAAAGGUCCAGCUGCAGGUGGUACUACACGAUGGGAACAGCUCCACGUUCCACUUUGUCAAUCGCAACGGCGUAGCCGCUCAGAUUGCCGACAGGGACAAAGUGAAGGAGCUCCUGCAGCAGCUUUUGCCAAAUUUCAAGAAGAAAGUCAACAAGGAGCUGGAGGAGAAGAACCGCAUUCUCAUGGAGCAUCCGAAUCUCCUGCAACUCUACCGGGAUUUGGUGAUAACCAAAGUGUUGAGUAGUGAGGAAUUCUGGGCGACGCACGCGAAGCAAUACACACAGAAUCAGGGGGCACUCAAGCAGGAUAUUGGUGUCUCUGGUGCCUUCUUGGCUGACAUUAAGCCACAGACGGAUGGAUGCAAUGGGUUGCGCUACAAUCUCACGGCGGACAUCAUUCAGUGCAUCUUCAAGACAUAUCCAGCCGUUAAGCGCAAAUAUCAGGAGCACGUACCAGCCAAGCUAAGUGAAUCGGAGUUUUGGACCAAGUUUUUUCAAUCACAUUACUUUCACAGGGAUAGAAUCACUGCCGGAACCAAAGAUAUCUUCAGUGAAUGCGGCAAGAUAGAUGAUCAAGCACUUAAAGUGGCUGUGGCAGAAGCAUCGGGUGAUCCACUUCUUGAUAUACGAUUAUUUGGUGAUAAUUCACUUGAGGAUGGCUUCGGUGGUGCCUCAAUGGAUCGCAAUGUGGUCAAUAGUGGCAAUAUUGUGCAUCAAAAUAUGAUAAAGCGCUUCAAUCAGCACUCAAUAAUGGUGCUAAAAACAUGCGCAAAUGCAACACAAAUCACCACCUCCUGUUCCAAAUCACAUGAGAGUAACAAUAGGAAUAAUUUGAAUUCCUCGUCAUUGGAGAAUUCAGCGACAUCCACAACGAAUGGUGUUGGCACAAAGGAUGGCAAUGGGAUUGCAAGUAGAUCCCAAUCACCAUUGCCACCAGUUACCAAGCGUGCCAGAAUAAUGGAUAAGAUUGUCUAUGAGGAUCUCAUGGGGAAUCCGGAGGAUGAUGAGGCGGCAAAUGCGGAGAAGAUGCAGUUGAAUUUGACAAAAGUCGAGCGGUAUCUGCAUGGCCCUGUUGCGGCGUCAAGUACACCGGGAGGAGGGAGUGAUGGGGAUGUACCAAUGUUGGAUUUGGAUUCCGUACAGAUACACCUGUUUAAUUUGACGGAUUCAUGGAAUGCACGAACACCCCACAAAGUGCUCGUGAGUGCAACAUCGGCUGUCAAUGCGUUGAGUGAAUUGAGUCCGGGUGGGGCUCUAAUGCCGGGCUUCCAGGAGCAAUCUCUUGCCCAAUUAGUGCCUCCAGAAGCUGAGAAAGAGCUGAAGAAUUUGUAUUUAUCCCUAUCGGAGUUGCUGCGGCAUUUUUGGACGUCAUUUCCACCCACAACGCCCGAGUUGGAAGCCAAAGUUGUGAAAAUGCACGAAGCAUUGCAACGGUAUCAGAUGGCAAAAUUAAAACCAUUUGAGGAACGUGCCAUUCGAGAAUUUUCACCGGUCGGUGCCUCAUUAACACUCCAUUUGAAUCAAUUACUUCAAGCGGCUGAUCGUAAGUUCGCCAAAUGGCGGGAGAUAAAGAUGCGGCGGUAGCCCACAAUUUCAAUUUUUUAAUUAAUUAUUGGUAAAUAAAAAAAAUAAACAAUACAACACAAAAUAUAACCCAUUGCUAUUAUGGAUUUAUUUAAACAGAAAGGAUAAAAAACACGAAAAAGAAAACAUUUAAACAUCCAACACGAAUUUCGUGAGAGAAUAAAAUUCGUUCUUUGAGAAAAAA